AGCGGCGCUCCCAGAAGUCCUCAGGAGACUUCCAGAGUUCCCUCCUGUACGUCAUCAGUGCCUCAUGUUGCCUGGCAAACGCACAUUUCUCCCCUCCAUUACACUUCCACAGAAAAAGACUUGGCCGCUACUUCUCUUUGUGAUGACGUCAUCACUUCAACAGCCUCACUGCAGCACACAUUGACGUGCUUUGUCACUGUGAAGGUCAAUCAAUGUCUCCAAAUCACUGUUGCCUGCAGGCACCGCUGUGUGGGUGCUUGCCAUGGGGAGGAACAUAACUGAUACACUGUGAUGGAAAUAGUUGUGGAAAAGGGAAGGGGGCGGAGCCAUAGAUAGGAGAGGGCAAAAGGGACAAAAAGCAGAAGCUCCAACAACGCUCCAUCAUAACAUCCAGAGAGACCAGGGCGCCCUCUCCUUGACCGGGGACUACAAGCUCCAAGCGGGACAUGGAUCAGGCCGAAGCUCCAUCCAACACCAUGGUGCUGGAGUUUAAGGAGGACACAGCGCUGACUGAGGUCAAAGGGAUUGUCCCAGACUGAUGACUAUUCGGUGGUCUUCUGCAGAAGAUGCGUCUCCGUGUGUCAUCUCUUCAGAGGUCCGGUCAGAAGCGUCAGGACGGUGAGCGCCUGCUUCUUCCCCAUGAGGCCGUCUACCGGCUGGACUUCCACAACCAGGAGUUGAUUUUCUCCCGCUGGAACGUGUCCCUUGGUGGCCACGGCCGAGUGACUAUCACGGGCAUCUCGCAGCACUGGACCCCCGACCUCACCCACCUCAUGACCCGUCAGCUCCUGGAACCCAUUGGAACAUUUUGGCGCAACGCUGGCGACCCCGAUGAGUCGCGACUGAAGUGUCUGGAAGCCGACAUGCAAGAAUUUGGCGAGAGGAUUGCGGAGCUGGCUAAAGUCAGGAAGGUCAUGUACUUCCUGUUUGCGUUCAAGGACGGUGCAGAGGCAGCAAAACUGCUCUGCUCGGUGGCGUUUAGGGGUGAAAAUGACUGUUAACUGUUAGCAUCUUCAGCAGCAUCCAGUGAGGAAACUUCUAGUUGCAAUUUUUUUUUUUUAAGUUGUUUAAAUGUGACCUGUGAUGACCGAAGAACACAAACUAAACAGAAUAAA